UGACCAUCAUGACCACCAAUACCAUGACCCUGUCCCCGGUGCUCCUCGCCCUCCUCUGCAGCCUCCAGCUGAUGGCGGUUCCUGUUCCGACCUGCCAGCUGCAGGGGAACAUGGUGGAGGAUGCCCACAACCUGCUGAGACACCUGGGGGGGGAGUUUCCUCCCGAGUGCCUGCCGUAUAACGCCAACAUCUCCUUCCCGAGCUCCGCCCUCUCUGCUGCCACAGCUAAUCACUCUCAGUGCCACCGAGCAUCGUGGGUAGUGUUUAAGUCUCUGGAGGAGGCGGAGCUUAUCUUUGAGGACAACGACUCACCUGUCGGAGUGAACGGAGUCACCUGGGACCAGAAGAGACUCGACCAGUUCAGACACCUGACGGACCGACUGGUGGGGGCUGGGGGCUGUUUGCCCAGUGUUGAUGAUUCAGGUGUUUUAUCCACGUACUUCAGUCAUGUGACUGUAGCUCUGCAGCAGCAGGAAAGCGCGGCCUGUGGUUGGUUGGCUCUGAAUAGAGACCUGCGCCGGGUCCUAAAGUCCACCCUGUCCCAGCACCACAGCUGCUUCACCUGGAGACACGCCCACUGA